CGAGCUCUCAGCAUCUCGCAGCUCCCAGAAGCUGGAGGUUCCUCUUCAGCUCCUGUUGCUUCGGAAAGGUGCUGGCCAGAGGCCACCAGCAGUGUCCCCAGAGGUCGAGCAAGAGGCUGGUGCUGGUGGCAAUGCUCACCUAGGAGCCGGGUGAUACGCCGGCCUCCACGCCGUGCCACGAGCACACGGCCAGGCUGAGGGAGCCCUGGCACCAGCCCACACCAUGGAGCCCACCUCUGAGAUGAAGAGGAAUAGGUUACCCAGCAUGAACUUUGAAGCAGAGAUUCUGGCAGAUCCACACGAUAAUUCAGAGCUGUAUGUCAUCCCUUCCAUGAGAAGUCUCACGGCUGAGGAGUAUGUAGAGGCCUUUCAGUCAUUUUUGGAUCACUCAACAGAGCACCAGUGCAUGGAUGAGUUCAACAAGGAAGUGAUGCCACACAUCAUGGCUGGUCUCGGCAAUGGAAAAUCGACUAUAAACAUUCUGGGAGUGGGGAGCGGCACAGGUGAACAGGAUCUAAAAAUGAUCCAGAUCCUGCAGGCUGCACACCCAGAGGUCCUUAUUAACAACGAAAUCAUAGAGCCCAACCCACAGCACGUGGCUGCCUACAAAGAGCUGGUUAAUCGAGCCCCAGAUCUGCAGGGGGUCUCUUUUACUUGGCACCAGCUUACUUCCUCAGAGUAUGAACAACAGGUGAAAGAGAAAAACACACACAAGAAGUUUGACUUCAUCCAUAUGAUUCAGAUGCUGUACCGUGUGGAAGAUAUUCCUAACACCAUCAAGUUUUUCCACAGCUGCCUCAACCAUCAGGGUAAACUCCUGAUCAUAAUUCUGUCAGGCAGCAGCGGUUGGGCCAGCUUAUGGAAGAAGUACAGGCAUUGCUUGCCUUCAACUGACAGCGGCCACUACAUCACCUCCGACAGCAUCACGGCAGUUCUGAGGAAGCUCAGCAUCAAGUACCACGUUUAUGAGUUCCCAUCGGGUUGGGACAUCACUGAGUGCUUCAUUGAGGGGGACCCAGCUGGAGGCCAUAUGAUGGAUUUCCUGACAGGGACAAAAAAUUUCCUGGGCACAGCACCAGCAGCUCUGCGGAGCCGCCUGCAGGAAGCUCUCUGCCAGCCCGAAUGCAGCAGCAGGAAGGAUGGGAGAGUCAUUUUCUGCAACAAUCUCAGUAUGAUCGUAGUGGAAUCCUAGAGCCUGGACCAACUUGCAGAGGUGAUGUAGGGCAAUGCAAUUGUCCAAAUGGCAAAGCAGAGAUAGGCAGGCAGUAGAGCAGGGUUCAUCCAUCCCAGUCUGGGAGGAUGGAGCGGUCUGUGAUGUCAAGGAUGAACUCUUUGUUCUGCUGAGCUCGAGUUCACCCUGGAUUGUUCAGUAUUGGCAGAAUUUGUUUCAGAAUGUAAAAAGCUGUAUUAUACUACAAGCCUGCAUGGAAAGUAUUUUCUUAUAGAAUUGCAGAAUUGUUUGAGUUGGAAGGGACUUUUAAAGGUCAUCUAGUCCUAGUUCCCUGCAAUGAACAGGGACAUGCACAGAUAGAUCAGUUGCUCAGAGCCCUUGAAUUGAUCUUGAAUUUCUUCAGGGAUGGGGCUUCCACCAUGUCUCUGGGCAACCUGUGCCAGUGCUUCACAACCUAUAUUGUAGAAAUCUUUUUCUUAUAUCUCAUCUAAAUCUCCCCUCUUUUAGUUUGAAACCAUUUCCCUUUUUCCUAUUACAACAGAGCAGAGCUGCUAAAGAGGCUGACCUCUUCUUUCUCAUUGAUCCCUUUUAAAUACUGAAAGUCCACUCUCAGCUCUCCCUGGAACCUUCUCCAGGCUGAACACCCCCAACUCUCAGCCUGUCCACAUAGGAGAGGUGUUCCAUCCUUUGGAUCAUUUUUUGUGGUCCUCCUCUGAAUGCACUCUGAAAAGUCCAUGUCUCUCCUGUACUGAGGACUCCACAUCUGGACACAGUACUCCAGGUGAGGUCUCAUCAGCACAGAGUAGAGGGGCAGGAUUGCCCUCUUCUCCCUGCUGCCCAUGCUUCUUUUGAUGCAGCCUGGGAUACAGUUAGCUUUCUAGGCUGAGGGCAAUUGCUGGCUCGUGUCUGGCUUAGCACCCACCAGUACCCUCAGGUCCUUUUCCGCAGGGCUGUGCUUUUUCCUAUCAUACCCCAGCUUUUAUUGAUAGUGAAGGUUGCCACUUUCCAGGUUCCUGACCUUGCACUGGGCUUUGUGGGCCCACUGCUCAAGCCUGUCUAGGUCUCUCUGGAUGGCAUCCCAUCCCUCAGAUGUGUUGACUGCACUACACACCUUGGCAUCAUCCAUAAGCUUGCUAAUUGUGCACUCAGUCCUGUUAUUGAGGUCACUGAUGAAGAUGUUAAAGAACACUGGUCCCAGCACUGAUGCCUCAGGGACACCACUGAUCUCCAUACAGACAUUGAGCCAUUGACCACCACUCUCUGGUAUGCAUCCUCUCUAUGCUUUUGAUGCUGGGAAUUCCAGCUUUCUAUGCAGACGACAUGUUUACAUACCUGAAAAUGUGUCCAUGUGACACCAUAUGAUGCCCCCAUGCCAGCAGCAUAUAUGCACUGGUUUCUUACAACAGUACCUGGACGAGACCUGCAAGGUAUCCCCACUGCUUUGCACUAAGCAUGUGCCUCAGUGCACCCUGACAGGAGCACGCUGCUCUGCACUAGGUUUUUUGGUGGUUUUCUUUUUUUUUUUUUUAAAUCAGCAUUGUUAUUUACUACCCCAAAGCCCUCAGCAUCUCGUAAUAUAGACGUCUUAACAUUUUUUUUCCACCUUUUUGUUUGGAGAAUUUCUGGAUUCCGGGAUAAUACUUGCCCUGCACUCGUUCAGGCAGGUAUUAAUUUUGUUACUUUCUUUCUACUGUUUUUUCUCCAUACAAAAUAAAAGCCAUUUUGAAACAGAAAAUGUCACAUCUUGCUC